GGCUUGAAAAAGUAAUGCCUAAAGAGAGAGAUCAUACAUGGAUUCCAUUAUUUGGUAAAAAUGUUGUCAUUGUAUACGGUGAUCCAAUUGAUUUUAAAGAUAUUCUCGCCAAUUAUCAUGCUGGAAAGACUGAUGAAGCUACAACGCGAAUCAUUAUUACUAAUGUAAUAUUUCGUACAAUGGCUGGAUUAAAAAAAAAAUCAGAGUUAUUAGAAGCCAAAAAAUUUAAAGAAA